AUGGUCACAAGGCAGGGGAUGUCCCCACCCCCCACCCAAGUCACUCGUGAGUUGGGCUUCCAUGUCAGCAUACGUGCUAACCGGUAUGGGAGCGUUUUCACGACGUCUUGGGCUGAGGAAUCGAUUUAUUGGAAGAAAAAAAGGGCGAUUAGGUUUUUAAAAGGAAUCGAUUUAUUAGAAGAAAAAAAAGGGCGAUUAGUGAUCACUUGUACGUUGCUGUGGUUCCAAGUGGCUCCAAAAUUGCCACGGUGCUUUACGGUUGUUCACAAAGAACCGCCUUCCCCUCCUCCGCCACGUCACCUCGCGUUCGCGUAUCCCUGA